GCGAUCUUUGGCCGCUGGUCCCUGAGAAUACGGUGCGCUCUCUGCGGCCCGUGAUGGAGCCAGCGGGUAACAAACUCCAGUUAAGUAGCGCACCGUCCGUCCUCCUCCACAUCCUGUGCCCAGAGCAGAGUCAGGCGUUCGGAGCGAAUCUACGCCGUCCUGGAAGCAGCGGCAGUUCAGCCCCGCUUCGCCAGUCAGCGCCCCAAAAACUGCUCGAGCUCUGCAGUGCAGGAGGGGGUUGAGGUGGGAGUGUGUGCGUAUGUGAGUAUAGGGGGGUGCAGGGGGGAGGGGGACAUAUCUACACAACAUGAGUGAGAUGGGUCCGGAGGCGGUCUGGUAUUCGUGAUUGUUGAGUAAAGGCGGUGAAGUUCUUCUGCUCCGCUCGGAUCUUUCCUGCAGGACCCCGAGUGUGUGAUUGCGCGUUCAGCAUGAGUAACAUCUAUGAGUCUGCAGAGGCCACGCUGGGCUUCAUCAGCUCCCCGUGCCUGACAAAAGUGGAGUUGAGAGUGGCCUGCCGGGGGAUCUCAGACCGCGACGCCCUCUCCAAACCCGACCCAUGCGUGGUGCUGAAGAUGCAGUCGCAUGGCCAGUGGUUCGAGGUGGACCGUACAGAAGUGAUCCGCAGCAGCAGCGGUCCUGUCUUCUCUAAGAUCUUCCUGGUAGAUUACUACUUUGAGGAGGUCCAGAGGCUUCGUUUCGAGCUGCACGACAUCAGCUCUGGCAACAAUGGCCUCCGUGACGCAGACUUCCUGGGAGCCAUGGAGUGUACCUUGGGACAGAUUGUCUCACAGAGGAAACUGACCAAGGCUCUGCUCAAACAGGGAAACACUGCUGGAAAGUCUUCCAUAAUGGUGACAGCAGAGGAGUUGUCGGGGAAUGACGAUUACGUUGAACUCGGUUUCAGCGCUCGGAAGCUGGAUGACAAGGAUUUCUUCAGUAAGUCAGACCCUUUUCUGGAGAUUUUCAGAGUAAAUGACGAUGGGUCUGAGUCGCUUGUACACCGAACUGAGACAGUGAUGAACAACCUGAGCCCAGUUUGGAAAUCAUUUAAAGUUUCCUUGAACACUCUCUGCAGUGGAGACCAUGAUAGGGAACUAAAGUGUACUGUUUGGGACUGGGACUCCAAUGGCAAACACGACUUUAUUGGAGAGUUUCAGACCACGUUUAAGGAGACGAUGAGGGCAGAACAGGAGGGCAAGCAGAUCCAGUGGGAAUGCAUCAACCCCAAAUAUCAGAUGAAGAAGAAGAAUUACAGAAACUCUGGAACUGUCAUACUCAACCACUGCAAGAUCAUCAAAAUGUACUCCUUCCUGGAUUACAUCAUGGGAGGCUGCCAGAUUCAGUUCACGGUGGCCAUAGACUUCACAGCAUCCAACGGGGAUCCAAGAAAUAGUUGCUCUCUCCAUUACAUCCAUCCCUACCAACCCAAUGAGUACCUCAAAGCACUGGUGGCAGUAGGGGAGAUCUGCCAGGACUAUGACAGUGAUAAAAUGUUCCCUGCGUUUGGUUUUGGUGCUCUGAUACCACCAGACUUCAAGGUUUCACAUGACUUUGCUGUGAACUUCGAUGAGGAAAAUCCAGAAUGUGCCGGGAUUCAAGGCGUGGUAGAGGCCUACCAAAAUUGCCUUCCUAAAAUCCAGCUGUACGGGCCUACCAACAUUGCCCCAAUUAUCCAGAAAGUGGCCUCCUCUGCCUCCGAGGAGAUGCACACCAAAGAGGCCAUGGAAUACUUCAUCCUGCUAAUCCUGACAGACGGAGUCAUCACUGACAUGGCGGACACGCGGGAGGCCAUCGUCCACGCCUCCCACCUGCCCAUGUCCGUUAUCAUCGUUGGCGUGGGUAACGCUGACUUCACCGACAUGCAGAUCCUCGACGGCGACGAUGGGAUCCUGCGUUCCCCCAAAGGGGAGCCAGUUCUCCGGGACAUUGUCCAGUUUGUCCCCUUCAAGGACUUCAAACACGCUUCUCCAGCUGCUUUGGCUAAGAGCGUACUGGCAGAAGUCCCUAACCAAGUGGUGGAUUACUACAAUGCAAAAGGAAUCAAACCUAAGUGUAUAUCGGACUACGAGUCCCCGAGGACCUUCAGCCCCUGACAAUGUACAACAUGCACACAUGCCUGCAUUUCUAAACAAACACUCUCAUUUACAUUUGACCGGUCCAUAUUCUGGGGUUAAUAGGCUUGUCUAAUAUUAUGGUUGUUAAAAAAACACAAAAAGAAUUCAAAUUCUUUCUCUUUGUGCGUUUACAAUUAAAUAAAGGUUUAAUUAAUCCAAUUUAUGUUUUAAAGAAUCUCCAUUCAAUGUAGAAAUAUCCAAUUUAGGUUUGAAUACUCAAAUAUUUUAGAUUUUUAACUAGAGAUGCUGAACUCCAGUCUGUUUUCCUUAAAAAUGUUGAAAUAGUCCUUAAACUGCUGUAACACAGUUUCCUAUCUUGCUGUGUAUGUUGGGGUAUUAAAUAUGCAGGUCUAAAGGUGAGGAAAUUAAGCAGAUUUCAUGGAACACAAAAUCUUGUUACACCUUUGAAGUAUGCGUGUUGCUUUUUGAUGCACUUCUGAUUUGAAUAGAGUGUAAGUAUUGGGAUCAAGAGUGUUCACAGUGUCAUCUGCAAUAGGAGGUGGUCCACUGCUUUUGACGUUACAUGACUGUGUAUCUGCGGAGUGUUUUUAUAGUGAAAGAUCAACUGACCCUCUGUAGAAUGAAAUUUCAAUGCUCUAUAAUUGCUCGCAGGUGGCCAGAUAAAUAUGAGCUACAUUAAUCAAAAAGUAGUGUUGUAUGAGAUUUAACCUUGAGUUUUUGCUGCGAUAUUUAAGUACCAGCUUUGUAAGUGCUAUAGACCUGGCACACAUGUGCACUAUACAUAGCGUGUGAGAGCUUUGGUACUCAUGCUGUGGAAUCUUUGAUAUCUCCAAAAGAUUUGUGGCAGCCUGUCUUAGCUGGUAAUCAAAUUAUGUAUUCUACAGAGUUACAUGUGUAAGAAGACAAUGCUGGAGUAUACCUUGGACAUCUUCCUGUGCCAUUGAAACACUAGGCAAUAGCAAUAGUGUGACUGGGGUAUUAAAUUUAACUUCAGUAGAAACCUGUGAAGCAGACCCCAGCUUUAGUCAAAUGCAGUGUACUCACUGUAAUAUAAAAGCAUUAGAAUCUCCUUCACUGCUUUUGUAACAAAAUGCCACUGGCAAGCAUGACAGGCAAUUUUUAUUAUUCGUCAACAUAUUAGUUCAAAUCAAAAACUACCUCCUUUCUUGCUUAAACUUUUAAGCACUCUGGGCCAUAUACAGGGCUCAUGAUAAUGGCUUAUAUUUACUCGACCAGAUAAAUGUCCCAUACUGACACCAACUAGACAGCACUUUGCAACCCUGGCUUGACUUGGAGAAACUAAACCACGGAGUAUUUAUAUUAGUAGAUUUUGUAAUUCAGAAUCAGAAUCAGAAAUGCUUUAUUGCCAAGUACGUUUUUGGACAUACAAGGAAUUUGUUUUGGCGUAGUCGGUGCAAUACAGUACAAAUUAAACAGUAUAAACAUAUCUACAA